AUGAAAACAAUCGGUCUUCUAUUAGCUACACGUUAUAAUAAUAUUGGAUACAUAUAUUAUAAACUCGGUAAUGUCGAACAAGCAUUCAAUUUUAUUCAGAAGGCAUUAGAUUAUACGAAAUCUCUUCCAUCAAAUAUUCCGAUAAUAUCAAGAAUUUUUUGUAAUCUAGCAAUGACUUAUGAACAAUGUACAGAUUAUUCCAGAUCAGAAGAAUACUGGAAAAAAGGUCUUGAACAUCAUCUUAAAUCAAUGCCAAAUAAUACAAAUGCAACCGCUUUUCUCUUUCAAGCUGUCGCUGUUAAUUUGACUGAUCAUAAAAAAUAUAAUGAAUCAAUAGAAUAUCUUAAAAGAUCAUUGACAACUUGUAAGAAUCAAGGACAACACGCAUUAUGUUGUUGCUAUAAAAAUUUAGCUAUUGCCUAUCAUGGUCUAGAAGAUUAUCAGCAAGCUGCAGAAUAUUUGCAAAAAGCAAUCGAUAUUGCACAAACUUUGCCAAAUGUUGAUCUAAGUACUAUGUAUAUCGAUAGUGGUAAUAACCACUAUCAAGCUAAGAAUUAUGAACAAGCACUAAUUGCUUAUAGUAAAGCAUUGGAAUUUUCACAACCAACGUCCAAACUUUCGAUACAUGUAAAGAUUUUUAUGAUUUACACAAUACAAAAUGAACCAAAUCGUGCAUUGAACUAUUAUGAACUUCAUAUACAAUCACAUAUUACAAAAAUAAAUCUAAAUGAUCAUAUUCUAAUUUAUUAUCAUAUUGGAGUGAACUAUUAUUAUCUAAAAGAUAAUGAUCAAGCAUUACGAUAUCUCAAAAUGGCACAAGAAUUAAUUUUAUCGAAUAAAUUAAAUAUGUCAUUGAAUUCAUUUUUAAUAGAUAUAUUGAAAAAACUUGCAUCCAUUUCUGUUAAACAAGAUCAAUGGUCUGAAGCAGCUACUUUGUAUACGAAACUAUUAGAGUAUCAUCCAACUGCAGAAACUUAUAUGAAUAUCGGUUUACUCGAUAUUAAACGAGAAAAUUUUCAAAAUGGAAUAGAAAAUUUAAAGAAAGCAUUUGAAUUAGCGAAAGCUGCUAAUGAUUUAUCAACACUGGCUAUUGUGACACGAUACAUUGAUUCAUUCAGUAGAAAAGUAAACUAG